AUUUUGGUCUUGCACGUGAAAUUAAUUCACACCCACCAUAGACGGUGUAUGUCUCAACACGCUGGUAGGUUUGGUACAUUCAGAAUUUUUUGUAUUUUAAUCGUUUUUCCUUGUGUGUAUAUAUUUGUGUGUGUGUGUGCAUGCCUGCAUGUAUAUUUGCUGCAACUUGUCUGUGCCUUGAGUUCCUUGUAUUGUAGGUAUCGUGCCCCUGAUGUAAUUCUUCAAUCAUACCUAUAUACUUCAAAAGUUGAUAUAUGGGCGAUGGGUGCAAUCAUUGCUGAGUUAUUAACCUUACGUCCUCUUUUUCCUGGAACCAGUGAAGCAGAUGAAAUCUACAAAAUCUGUAGUGUAAUAGGUACUCCAACUAAGGAAUCCUGGCUUGAUGGGCUUGAUCUUGCAAGGGCUAUAUUCCCACAGCUAGGGUUAGAGGAUCAUUGGAACAGCGACAAGUUAGGAGAUAUUCUGUAG